UGAAUCAACCUACACCUCCUGACAUACAACCAAUCACAUUUCAAAUCAAACCCAAAACACACACGACUACAGUAUUUUUCGGAGCCACACCAAACGUCAUACAACCGCGACAUACAGGAUCACUAAACCGCUAUAAACGAACGUGUUUCCCAACUCAUCAAUUUCGAAGAAGACGAAACUCAACUCAGUGACUCGGGAAGUUAAAACUCAGAACUCACCAACUCGUUGCAAUGGCGUCGGUUCACAGCACCGUCUCUCCGCAGAGCUUCUUACCUUCAAUCUCCAAAGCAAAAUCAAAACCAAGUUCAUCCAUUUCCAAGCCGCAAAACUUUCCGGCGUCGAGAUUCUCCGUAAAUCCGAGUUUCUCGAAGAAAAAACUGGUGGUAGCGACGAAACUAUCGGCGGAGGAGUUCGACGCGAUACAGGUUCAGAGCGACGAUAUAACGGAUCAACAAGAAAGUUUGAUGGAAGGCGGAGACGGUGAAUUAACGACGCAGGUGAAUGGAUUUGGAACGAAUGAGGGUUUGUUAUCGUUGGAAGGAUUUCCUUCUUCUUCUGGUUUGGUUGGUAGUGAGAAUGAGGAGAGUAUGGAGAAGCUUCUAGAUAGGAGUAUUAAUGCUAGUAUUGUUCUUGCUGCUGGUACUUUUGCUCUCACUAAGCUUCUUACCAUUGAUAGUGAUUACUGGCAUGGAUGGACAAUCUAUGAGAUAGUAAGAUAUGCACCUCAGCACAACUGGUCUGCUUAUGAGGAAGCUCUUAAGACAAAUCCAGUAUUAGCAAAGAUGGUGAUCAGUGGGGUUGUUUAUUCAGUAGGAGACUGGAUUGCACAGUGCUUUGAAGGAAAACCUCUUUUCGAGUUUGAUCGCGCUCGGAUGUUCAGAUCAGGGCUUGUUGGUUUUGCUCUGCAUGGCUCUCUUUCUCAUUAUUAUUAUCAGUUUUGUGAGGAGCUAUUUCCUUAUAAAGGAUGGUGGGUAGUUCCUGUCAAAGUUGCCUUCGAUCAAACCGCAUGGUCGGCCAUUUGGAAUAGCAUUUACUAUACGGUUGUGGGGCUCCUACGUUUUGAUUCUCCAAUCAAUAUUUUCAAUGAAUUGACGGCAACGUUUUUUCCCAUGUUGACUGCGGGAUGGAAGCUGUGGCCAUUUGCUCAUCUAAUUACAUACGGUGUAAUACCAGUUGAGCAAAGACUUCUUUGGGUCGAUAUGAUCGAGCUAAUUUGGGUGACCAUACUUUCAACAUAUUCAAAUGAAAAAUCAGAAGCAAGAAGCUCUUCGGUGGCUAUAGAAGAGAAAUCCACUACAGCUGAGGAGUAAUGAGAAGAGAUAUAUGUUUAGAAGUAGUGGGAGGAAAGUGUCUUUGCUCAAAAAGAUUGUUAUAGUGCAAAAUAUGGCUUCUGGAUUUUCCGUUUUUGACAAGCAAGUAAUUGUAUAUGUGUAUAUGUUGCAUCCCUUGGAAAUUCAUGUAUGUUAGGUAGCAUUAUCAACUUUCCUGUAACCAUUACACAAUGUAAUUGUUGAUAAAAUUUAUUGAUAGACAAUAUAUGUAUAUAAUAAACUUGCCUUUUUGCA